AAAGAUGCAAUUGAAUCAAAUGUAAUUUUAUGCGUUAUAUUUGUAUAUUCGAAGAAUAGGAAUAAUUAUCGCAAUAAGUUCCUAGAUGUGCAAUUAAGUAGACAUUUUGAUGCAUGCCGUUGGCUAGACUUCAAUAGCUAAAUUCAGAAUGUCAGUAGCACUAUCUAAUCAUGAUGAUUUCAGUAGAAAUUUUUACAAAGUACGCGUCGUAGUCGUUUGCGUAUAAAAUUACAAAUUUAAUGUUUAACGUGAUAUCGUAGUACACACAUGAAAUAUUUAAAAUGAACGUAAUAUCGUGUUUGAUAUUGAUUGUAAAUGUUCUGCAAUUAGUGACAGCAGAAUGGAACACAAAAGAUUAUAUGAAACGAGAACAUUCUUUAAUCAGACCGUAUCAAGGAUCUGCAAUGGCGAUACCUUAUUGGGAUUUUAUGGGUAGUACAAUGAUAACAAAUAACUAUAUAAGAUUAACGCCAGAUUUACAAAGUAAACAAGGUGCCAUAUGGAAUAUAAUUCCAUGUUAUGUGAGAAAUUGGGAACUUCAAGUUCACUUUAAAGUCCAUGGUAAAGGAAGGGAUUUAUUUGGUGAUGGGUUUGUUAUUUGGUAUGCGAAAGAAAGAAUGAAAACGGGUCCUGUAUUUGGAAAUCAAGAUUACUUCCAAGGAUUAGCUGUAAUUUUAGAUACUUACAGCAACCACAAUGGCCCUCAUAAUCACCAACAUCCAUAUAUUUCUGCUAUGGUUAAUAAUGGUUCAUUACAUUAUGAUCAUGAUCGUGAUGGAACACACACACAACUUGCAGGCUGUGAAGCAAACUUUAGAAAUUUAGAACAUGAUACUCAUAUUGCUGUACGAUAUGAAAGAGAUACUUUGACUGUUUCUACAGACUUUGCAAAUAAAGCUGCAUGGAAAGAAUGUUUCUCUGUAAAAGAUAUAAAAUUACCUACGGGUUACUAUUUCGGAGUUUCUGCGACAACGGGCGAUUUAUCUGAUAAUCACGAUAUAUUGUCGAUUCGUUUAUUUGAAUUAGAUUUACCGGAUGAUCCAAAAGAUCAAGAAGAUAGGUCAAAAAUUUUACCGUCAGCGGCAUAUUUUGAUGCUCCCAGAGAGCACGUAGAUGAUCCAAAGCAGUCCGCGUUAAGCAAAAUAAUGUUUUUCCUUCUAAUGCUUGUGUGCGCGAUUGCAUUAAUCGCGUGUGUUGUAAUUGGAAUUAUGUGGUACCAAAAACAUCAAGAAAAUAGUAGGAAACGUUUUUACUAAGUACUGACAUUCUACAAAUUACUUUACUUUUAAAUUUCUCGUUUAUAUCGGAUGUUCUUUCUAUAAAAGUAAGGUGUAGUUAUAAAAUGUUCAUAAGACUGUUUCUUCGAAUAUUUAUAUAAAUUGAUAUGGCAGACAUUAUCUCGAUCCUUGGGAAAAUGAUGUCGAAGAAAUAUUUUCAAAGCAAAAAAUACAUAUAUCAAUAGAUAAUAUGAUUAUUAAUAAUGUAUAAACUGUUGUGGUAGUUAUAAGAUGUAUCAAAUUAUGCCAUUUACUACUCUGGUCCUAAUAAUGCAUAGUGCAGAGUUCCUUUACCAAAGUUUCCAUGUUCUUAAAUUGCAAUAGAUUCUAUAUCAAUAAGUUGAAUUAUUUUCAUGAAGAAUACUAACAAAUAUACUCCUAAUUUUUGCAAUAGUUAAAUUGUGAAAUUGGAAUAGUAACAUUGAAUUUUUAAAUUUGUGCGCAUCAGUUUACAACGAGAGACAUGGUAAUAAUUAUGAUAAGAAUGUACUGUAAGAGCAGAAGAUAGAAUGAUAAAUAAGUUAUUUGUUCGAAUCCUGAAAUCUACAAUAUGUUAGCAAAACAUCACACGUGGAUUAAAUACUGAUUUAAAACAAAUAUUCUCGUUAAAAAUGAUAUGAUUUUUAAUGAGAAGCUUGUUUCUCUCUUUAAGUUAUAUUUGUAUCUGUGGAUUUGAUACGAUAGAAAAGACUUUAUUGAUGUAGGUUUUAUAUUUGUACAUAAACGAACCGAACAUUACUAAUGCGGAAUAGUUGUAGAGUGUUUUCAUACCAUACAACAUCUUUUUAUACAAAAUAUAAAGGGAACCAAACUCUUGAAAUAAACAAUUGUUAAUAAA